AGCGAUGGGUAGUAAAUCGUUGAAUCUUAGCACGAUCGGAUCGUUCAACUUGCAGCUCUCGGCAGUAGGGGCGAUAGUACUUUUUGUUUGUAACAGUAGUAGUAGUAGGAGUAGUGGCGGUAGUGGUAGUAAUAGAAGGAGCAACAGUAGUACUAGAACGAAUCAGGCAGGACUCACAGUUCUUAGCUUCGUGCGACCAGCGGUCAGCAGUGUCAUUCGGUUGUUGAUUUUCGCGAGUCGCGGACGUGUUUUCAGUGUUUUCGCUCCUGAGUUUUCUUACCCCGGGUUCUAUUCGGUGAUUCUAAGGCUGGUUAAAUUUCUGGAAGACGACUAAUUUGUUUGCUUCCCGGAGGCACGGUGCGCGGUUUAAGCUUGCAGUUCGGACGGUGGUACGAGAGUGGGGAUAUAAAAACAGCGGUUUCCACCCGUGAAGGCGAUCAUUCUAAUAGUGACAGUGAAAGGAUCUAUAUGGUGAAAGCUAUUUUGUUGAAAAAAAUCCUAAUAUAAUAAUCAAGGUGACAAGAGAAAUUAUUUUAAAAGGAUUUAAGUGUAUUAUCGGUAAUUUUCGAUUGUUUGUGUGAAAGCUGUGUGCAAAGUGGAGGAAAGUUCUAGCGAGAACGGGAAGAAAACUUUCGACGGGUUUUUACACACGCGUUAUAAUCAAUGAUAACAAUAUCGGAUGCAAAUCGAUAAUGUCAGUUAAAACGUAUUCAGCGGAAGAAUCUUUUGCAGAAACAGAAGUGAACAGAGAGUGCCUUUUGCGAUCGGGGACGAAUUUGCUGUUUAUAGAUAUCAUCUGUUAGGAGCUGAACAGUUACAACAACUUCUCUCCUGGAAAACUGUUUGUUCCUGCUCAUUCUUGCCUUCCGACCAGCCUCUUCUGUGGUCUGCUCAAUUCAAGCUUCUCAUUGCUCGAAAUUUAAAAAUGAAUCUGGUUUUAGAUUUCAAAUCUACAAGCAAAAACAGUCGAAGAUUGAAUUGUUUCGAAAUUAAUCGCAGGCCUAAGUGCACAAACACAGCAUUGACCCUGGACUACAGAAAACAAGUUCAUUCCGAUCGCCACCAGCUGCCACGUUACUACGGCUUUGAAAGCCGACAUACCAAUAAACGCCUUCUUCAUCUACUUCCGGACUGCGGACGGUGUUAGGGAAAAUUACGAGCACCAGAACAGGACAACAUUGCUGCCCGCUCCUGGACGACGACCACAAAGCUCCCCACCAACACCCCAGGCAACCACGUGAUGGGAUUGCACAAAAACUAUUUCAAAGUGGGACAAAAUGCUAGUAAUCACCUGUUCGGACUGUCGCCACGUGGCCCCAAUGGCCCUACGCCGCUAUCGAUGCUUAUAUCGCAGGGAGCGAAAUUCAACAGCAAUCGGGUAGCAGUAAUUAUUUUCGGAAUAGCUACUCUAAUUGCUGGUGUGAUAUUAUCUUCUGUUCCUUGGCUGAACUUUUUUAUUAUGAAGAAUCUAAGACUAUGGAACGGCACGAUUAGCUUCCACUACUGGCAGCGGCCGGGCGUCACUAGGUUAACUAAGGUGUACAUAUUUAACGUUACUAAUCCGGAGGGGUUUCUCGCCGGUGAAAAGCCAAAACUAGUUGAAGUAGGACCAUUCGUUUAUAGAGAAGAUAUGGAAAAGGUGAAUAUCAAGUUCCAUGACAAUCACACUGUAACAUAUCAGCACAAGAAAAUCUUACAAUUUGUUCCUGAGCUAAGCGUAGAUAAGAACCAACGAAUAACGACACCAAAUAUCCCUCUGCUGACCAUUUCAACCCAGAGCAAACAUCUGGGCUACUUCCUGGCGAAGACGAUUUCGCUGGUGCUGACGGCCACCAAAUACAAACCGUUCAUUUCGCUGACCGCAGACGAGCUCGUGUUCGGGUACGACGACACACUUGUAAGCCUCGCGCAUCGCUUCUAUCCCCGGAACCGGCGACCCAUGUCCCAGAUGGGUCUGCUCAAUGGGCGUAACGGAACUCUUCCCGAGUACGCCACGAUGCACACCGGCCACACGGGGAUGGAGAAAUUCGGCUACUUCGACAAACUGAACGGACUCGAUCAUUUGCCGAACUGGGAAAAGCCACCCUGCUCCAGUAUAGAGGCUUCUGAAGGAUCAUUUUUUCCUCCCCGCGAGGUGACCAACGACGAUGUGGUGUACAUCUACGAUCGGGAUCUCUGCCGAUCGUUACCGUUGGUCUACCGGCAUCCGGUCGAGAAGGAUGGCAUUGCAGCGGAUCUCUACACACUAGCGGAUGACGCGUAUGGGCCGAAAAACAAGAAUAAUACCUGCUUCGAUCAUCCGGACUACAAGCGGUACCAGGGUUUGCAGAAUAUUAGCCCAUGCCAGUACGGGGCUCCCGUGUACAUUUCGAACCCACACUUCUACCAAUCGGAUCCCCAGCUGCUGAACGCUGUCGAAGGCCUGAAACCGGAACAGGAAAUACAUCAGACGUUUUUUAAAAUUCAACCAAAACUAGGAGUACCGUUGGAGGGGCAAGUGAGAGUCCAGCUUAACCUACUAGUCGAAGAAGCACCAAAUGUGAUGGCAACCAAAAACUUCAGAGACUUUGUUUUUCCGAUCAUGUGGCUCGAAGAGGGCGUCAGCGAGUUGACCCCUCCGAUCCGGCGGUGGAUAUACCUGGCAACGGUAUUCGCCCCGACCGCGAUGCCAAUCCUGUCCUACGGAAUGAUCCUCGCCGGUACGUUCGCGCUGAUUUACGUGUUCGUCCGAGCGUACAAAAACUUCGUGUUCACCUCGGACCCGACGACGGAAUUUCUGGAAAUGGGACGCCGGUCGCUGCGCCGCGGUAGCAGCAUGAUCAUCAACGGCCAGCAUCGGAUAAUGAUGCAGCGGGACAGCUAUAUCCUCCUGAAGACUAGCGCCGAUCCGAACCUGUACCAUCACAAUACCACCAGUAGUAGCACCAAUAGUCAUAACAAUAACAAUGUCACCAGUCACCAUAACAACAAUCUACUUCACGGCCAUCAUCAGAAGGAUCAAACGCGUCUACUGGACGAGGAAAACUCGUCACCCGCCUAGACUCAUGUUGCGUAGCAACGCAACAGGAAACAUGGACUUUCAUUCUCUAGCAUUAGGGGCUAUUAAUAUUCAGGCGAAUUUUUUUCGCCCUUUGUUAGACAUAAUGCGGUGAUAGAAACUGUGUUUUUUUCUAGUGUGCAUGUUUUAAUACAAAAAAUACAAUCCCUGCAAAAAGUUGAGUCUGUUUUCAACUGUCAGUUGCUGUACUUGUAGAAUUAGUUACGUAUCCUUCAUUCCGUCCAAGAUGCUCAAUCCAAACGAUGAUUGCUCAAGUCGUCUAAAAGUAGCCGUAGGAUCUAGUUUAGUAAAAAAAAUCAAGUUUAAGCUUACACGCUGCAGAAAGUCAUCCCAAUUGCAAAAUCGUUGUACAUAUGUUCCAGUCGGCCUUCAAAAUGUACGUUAAUGUAGAAUGUAAAGAUUUUUUAAAAAUUAUAUUUGUCGGUUUUAUCUGUAAAUAAAGUUUGUACAUAUUGU